AAAAAAGAUAUAAUCUAAAAAAUCUAAAUUUUGUAGAUUCCAAAUAGAUCACAGAUAAGCUUCCAGUCGUCUUCGCCAUAUCCCUUCUUCGUCGCGUCGAGGCAUCUCUGGUCCGUUCUCCCACGCAAACAACAUGUCGAAUUCCACCUCGAAGGAGAGCAUUGCGGAGGAGGUGAAGGCGGGUCCAUCCACGGACCUAUCUCCUAUCAAAGAGGAGCAGUCGGGUGCUCCGGUCGAGGAUUCGAUGAUGCUGCGUGCACCGGAGGUGCGUAAUGCCUCGAAGGACAGCGUGGAGCUGAUGGCGGAAGUGUCCAACAUUCGUGACCGCAAAAGCGGAGACGCGAUGAUGCGUGGCUUAUUCAGUGCCGCGGUAAUUUGAUAUAUUCUUCUAGUUGUAAAGUUCAUUUAGAUUUUUUAGAUUAUCACGCAGUCUUGAUAGGAAAUUAUGGAAAUUAGGAAUCUAGUAGUAGCUUCCGAAAGAUUUUAGCUGGUCGAUUGUCUUCUGUAUUUAUUUUUGUACGUUUAUCCAAAUCUUCAGUAGAGCCUUCAGCUGAUUUCUAGCGACGUUUUCAUUUCAGAUGAUAUCCCCUUGCAUUUUAAGUUAUUUCAGCCAGUUGAUGAUAUAGCUAUACUCUCCAUAUCAAAGAAAGAACUCCUUUUCCAUCCCCACUACCACACCAUCUUCCUUAUUGAAAAUAUCCAUGAUGAACUUCGUUUUCAUUCACAGGACCUUCGCGCGCGCGCAGUAUCUGAUGCUUCGCACGCCAUGCAGACCAAUACCCAUCGCGCGAGCGAUAAGAUGAAGGCUGUCUUUAAUAAGCCUGUUUUUGACGCGGAUUCUGUGCACAAGAUUUUCGAGGCCUGCCAUCAGAACCUGGAUGGUGCCCGCCAGUUCAUGAUGGUAGUUUCCGACGGAUUCAAACAUCCGGAGCUGAAUCACAUCACUGCGUCGAUUGGGGAGCACUACGACAUUUUGAAGCAAAGUCAGGAGAAGACCAAACAAAUGGUAACGUCCUUACUUUUUUUAGAUUUUUUAGAUUUUUUUGAAAAAUUAACUUUUGGCAUGUUUCUAGUAAAAUUAAAGACGCAGUCAGAUUGGGUUGCGCACAAUAUCGAUGGCCUUAGAGUAUACUUAGAGGUAGAAGCACAUCGUACCACACCGUUCUCCUUCUAGUACUAUUUCAAAAAUGAAACUAGCUACUUCAAAAAAUGGAUCUCAUUACUAAGCAUUUUACAGAAAGAGAUGAUGGAACUCAUGAAGGAGAAGACGAAGGACUGGGAAGAAUGUUUUUUGACCAUGCGACAGGAGCAGAUCAAUCUCAAGUCUGCGAUCAACAAGUACACGUCGCAGCGCAUGAACUUCCGCAGUAAUUUUAGUUUGCACCCUCGUACUAUCCUUCUCUGUUCAACAUAUUACUGUGCUACGUGACGUUAUGACUUUCAAUAUAGACGUUUGGGAGAUCUUGGUCCGAGUUUAGAUAAGAAAUCUGUACUGUUUGACUUGGUUUGGAUAUUCAUACUGUAGGGCGGACGCACUCCCAAACGUCGACUGUCAAUCUGGUAGUAAUUGCAAAAAGUCAUCCGCUCCCCAUAACUCUAAAUCGUAGCAUCAUGGUGAAGAUGAUCUUCCACCGGACACUUCUCACUUCUCACUUCCUAUUAGGUGACUUGAAGGGCGCUUUGGAGGCCAUCAGUACUUCGCGUUCUGUCAUGGAGGAGGUCCUUGACCAGUUCCGUGGACUGAUUUCGGCAGAGAAAGCACCGAGUACUGCUUCGCUGUUUCAGGGCAAGAACAAGAAGACCAGCACUCUCUCCAAGAAGUCGAGCUCCUGCACUUCAUUCGGCUUGUCUGCAUCUUCUUCGAGCAGCAGCAGAAUCAACAAGUCCUCCGAAGAGGAAGUCAUGGAACCGAAGCGCCGCCGACUCUUUUCGGCUAAUCCGCACGACCGUUCGGAUUCGGAGGACGCCUAAACGAACGAAACAAGUGUUAACUCUAAACGAAACAAAAGUGAGGGGUUGACACUUGUUGGGGACAAAGGGAAGAAAGGUAGUAAUAAGAUAACGUCGUGAAAGGUAGGAACUAAAUUUUGAUCUUUAUUUGGGUCAACUUCUUGUCGAGCAGAUGCAUAGCGCUCCUAUUCCACCUCCAAUACAAAUUCUCUAACUGUUGCAUCAGGAAGGAAUCUGGUACGUGAUCAAAAUUUUAUAUUUGGAAUCCAUGACUUCCCAAAACGAAAACUCCUAAACAACCAUCUCCUUUCAUCGCCAUCCAGUAUCUUCGUCUCCCAUUUCCAGGCAGUCGCCUACGGAAGUUCUACUCCAGCUGCAGAUGGGUCUUUCCUUGGUUUCGUUUUCCCUUAUCCAUGGUGAGCGAGGUUACGUCGGGUCAGUGCUUAGUAUCAUUUUCCACCCGGAGCUUGUUGCGAUGUGGACGGCCCCUGCGUAUGGAUGAAGAUGGGAAGAAGAAGCUGGCUGUUGGGAUUGUAGAAGGAAGCAUCGCGUUAUAGUCGAUGUUUCAAGAUGAGCAUUUGUGUGUGCUGGUAAAUAGAAGGAUUUGAAAAGUUAGAGCAGCAGCGGCAGGAGGUAUGCUAGAUUAUUUACAACAGGAGGAUCACGUAAUAAUAUUAGCACGAGGACCAUUCUAGAAGCUCUUACCGAUGAAGUAAGCACGUUGUUCUUUUGAUGAAUUUUUGAAUUUGAUUCUUGAAAAAAUAUCUUCGUGUAGUUCUUAUGAAUGAAUUACGCGAUCGGUUAGUAAAUCAUUAUUGAAGAUCGUUAAUGUUGUUGAAUUUUAUACUUACAACUCAUGAAAUUAUGAUUGAAAAAGAAGUUCGUCGUGUUGUAAUUUGAGGUAUUCAGCUCCAAAUUAUUUCCCUUUGUUCUUCUUUAGAUUUUUUAGAAUUUAUCUUCUUGAUUUUGAUGUCUUGAGUGAACAAGGUAUCAGAAGUACUAUCGAAAAGAUGUGAUUUACAUGAAUAAUUAUGCUGAUAUCUAUAAUACAUUAUCAUGCUGUUAGAGAAUUUCUAAUAUAACGAAGUCAUCACUUGCUAGACGUCAAAUAUACUAGGGUAGAGCCAUUUGCUUGGUGCCACGAUUAUGAUAACGUAGAGCUAGAGAGGUUCCAAACUAUAGAAUGUUUGCGAAAUGCUAGGGCUAAAAAUUCCAAGGGUUUGCAAAUUAUACUAGUAACGGGUUGUGUUUGGGAUUCAUCGAGAAGGGUUGUUCUAUGUAGAAUCUGGCUCGGUGUUGGACGUACGUAAACAGAUGCAUGCACAAGUCAGGCGCUGUCUUUUCUUAGGAGUAUGCUGAUCAAGGACCAGAAAGAUUCUUCUAUAGUAGCAACGUACUUGGAAAACGUCGUCUCGUGGGGAGGUAAGUACAUCCUAGAUGCAUGAGGUAGACGCAGAAAGACGCUAGCUCCGACUUUUGUUGUACUUGACUGUCUUCCUAGAAGAUGGCCGUUUCGGUUUCACUCCAUGAAAAUGAAUAAAGCGA